UUCUUUUUGCUAUAUUUCUCCUUUUGCGAAGAAAUGUUUAUUAUCGUUGAGUCUCUCGGCGGGUGUUACAAGGCACUCUAACUUGCUUUGUAGUUAAAUUGCUAGGUUUUCGAUCUUUUCCAUUCCGCUGGAUUUCAUAUUCAAUUUAAAGGAACUUGUUACCUGCCGCGACAUGAACAUGCACAACUGGACAGUUUAAGGUUACAAACAAAAUUAAUUCGCAGAUGUAUUUGGCAAUGACAUACCUUUUAAUAUUAUGUUUUAAAAUUCAAUGGACAUAGUCCCAUAACACACGCAUACCCAUUUCCCUUUCCGUGGCCUUUAGUUCCAAAGUGAUAUUUUAUUGGAGACAAAAUGGUAAAAUAUUAUGAAAAUAGCAUAAUCUUUCAAUUUAAUUGGGCUCAAGUGGCACAAGGAUUUUGGCAACGAUAUCCGAAUCCUAAUAGCUCCCACGUUCUUUCGGAAGACACAGUGUUUAGAGAGGUGAAGAAUGGAAAGUUGUAUUCCAAGAGGUUGCUAACUAAAACAAACAGAGUACCUAAAUGGGGUGAAAGAUUCAUCAGUAUGAAUGUAGUAAAAGUAGUUGAGGAAAGCAUUGUUGAUCCCAAAGAGAAAAUGUUGACAACUUACACACGAAAUCUGGGAUAUACUAAAGUCAUGAGUGUAGUGGAAAAGGUAGUGUAUAAGGUAUCGGAAGACAAUCCAGAAUGGACAGUAGCCAAUAGAUCGGCAUGGAUCGAUAGUCAAGUAUUUGGCUUUAGCCGUGCAAUUCAAGCCUUUGGACUGGACAGAUUCAAGAAGAACUGUGCCAAAAUGUCGGGUGGCUUCAAUUAUGUUCUUAGUCAUAUGUUCCCACAUAGUGCACAGUUUAUGAAUCCCACUCUUGCUCAAAUGGGUUUCACAGAUCGGCUGGCAAAUCCACCUAUGAUGAAAUUCAGUCAUGCAGCAGAAGAUUUACAGCAUUCAUUGCACGAUAAAGCCGAAAAAAUGAAAGACGCUGCUAAGAAGGCUACCGACUUAGCAAAGCAAAAAGCUAGUCCAGUAUAUGCAGCAUGUCAACCUAAUCAAUCGUAAAAUCUGUUUGGUAAAUCACACGUUCAUGGAGUACAUAAUCAUACCAUGUCAGCUAACAGUGAUUAUGAUAAAUCUUACUAAAUCGCUGGUCCGGGUUACAAUUAAUGUUUUUAACAUUAGAUAAAUUGACAUACUACAGUGCAAUUCGGAUAUAUGACAUGAAUUUUUUUUUUUAGCCAAUCAACAUUAGAAUGUACCGAGUAAUUGCUGACGUUCACUCUUUGUUUAGCAAUUCCUUGCUUCAUUACGAUGAAUUUAUUAAUUCUCUAAAUAUAAAAGACAUAAUUAAUGUUUAAUAAGAAAUAACGUCAACAACUUUGAUAAAAUAUCCAUUCAUAAUACAUACGCAAAGCCUGUAAUUGAAAUAAUUUCAGCUCAUAUUCACACUUCUUUUCUAACACAUUUGUAAAUUCUUUUUACCUUAAACAAGUUUUACUACGGAUACAAAAAUAAUAAUGAAUACCUAAAGAAAGAAAAUAACAACUGGCCCAGAGAUACUGUGUCCUCACGAUGCAAGGAAUAUUUCUAUGGCAGAUAAUGUAAUUCAAGGUGAACAUAGAUUGUUACCGAUUAUAAGACAGGUUUCAUCAAUUGGCCGUGAAGUGAUUUCCGGAUGAUCAUUCCCUAAAACUGCCAAUUAUCUGAUAAUGGGAGAAAUAGAAGCAUACAAUUAAAGGUAUAACUUUUAAUGAA